AUGCCCUAUUCUGAGAGGGCUGGCACUGAGUCAGUGGUGCUCCUGGACCCCGGGGUCGUGCCAACGUGGCAGUCGGGCAAGAAGCACCAUAAAAAGGGCCAACAAACCCCACGCCCCUGCCCGCAGCCAGGAUCUCCCCUGGGCCUCCGGGGAGCCUGGGAGAAUGAACAUAAAAGCACCAAGGUGGUUCCCGGGGGGGGAAGCACCUGUAGAAGAGCCUGUGUCAGUGGCUUCAGUGCCACCCGGUGGGGGAGGCAAAUCAGACGCCGUCCAAAGAGGUGUAAAAACAAGAGGCAGCAGCAGCCUAAUAACUCCCUUUUCAGACCAGCAACGAGGCAAAAAGGAAAGAAGAAGGGUGUUGUGGAGAUGUCUGUAGAUACCAGAGACAAUGACUGUUCGUUCCUCAAUAGCUCCUAUUCCUGGGGCAGAGUUCAAGCAGCUUUGUCCUUCCAUAAGAAGAAGACAGUUACCACAGAGGCGAGUUUCUGCAACACCAUCCUUUGUACCCCCUCUGGGAAAUCCCUCCUUUCAGGUUACCAAGCCACCCCAUCUACUGGUAGGGCUCAGUGCAGCACUUGGUCUGUUUCUUCCAUGAUCCUGCUGGCUCCCAAGGAUUCCUGCUCUGCCCUGGAGCUCGUGCUUACAGAUGCUGAGAAGGUUUUUGGGGAAUGCCAACAGGAGGGGCCUGUUGCUUUUGAGGAAUGCAUUCCUUUAGAUAAGAUGAAAAACUGCAAGAAAAUUGGAGAAGGGGUGUUUGGAGAGGUCUUCCAGAUUGACAGUGAGAGAGGACCUGUGGCCUUAAAAAUAAUUCCCAUUGAGGGCACCCAAAGAGUAAAUGGUGAAGCUCAAAAGAGCUUUGGAGAGAUUCUGCCUGAGAUCAUCAUUUCAAAAGAACUCAGUCUUCUGUCUGAAGAGUCUGUGAACAGGACUGUUGGGUUCAUCAGCUUGUACUCUGUGCACUGUGUUCAAGGGGCCUAUCCUACGUAUCUCCUGGAAGCCUGGGACAAAUACCACAAAGUAACAGGCUCAGAAAAUGACCGGCCAGACUUUUUUGGAGACAAGCAGCUCUUUGUUGUCCUGGAGUUUGAAUUUGGAGGCAGCGACUUGGAGAACAUGAGAAAGGAGUUCAGUUCAGUGGCAUCAGCUAAAAGCAUCUUGUACCAGGUGACUGCUUCCCUGGCUGUGGCAGAACAGGAGCUGCACUUUGAGCACAGGGACUUGCACUGGGGGAACGUGCUGGUGAAGAAAACAGAUGUAAAGGAGCUUGACUACGUGUUGAAUGGGGAGACACACACAAUCCCCACAGCGGGACUUCAUGUCAACAUCAUCGACUACACCCUGUCUCGGCUGGAGAAGGAUGGCUUAACUGUCUUCUGUGACCUUUCCACUGAUGAAGAACUCUUCCUAGGCACAGGGGACUACCAGUUUGAUAUCUACAGACAAAUGAAAGAGGAGAACUCCAACAACUGGACUGACUACCACCCACACAGCAACGUCCUCUGGCUGCACUACUUGUCAGACAAACUCCUGCACAACGUGCGCUACAAGAAAAAGGCAUCAACUCCUGCCAUGAAGAAAACAGAGCAGCAGCUCAAGAAGUUCCACAAGGAAGUACUGACCUUUGGCUCUGCUGGUGAUGUUUUACAGAACAGCAGCCUCUUCCAGUGA